AUGGCCAGAACCGCUGUCGCCCAAGCGUCGCCAGUAGCGCGCGACAUCACUUCUUGCAAGAUUCCCGAGGGCGAAGAGAUGCAAAUACAAAUCAAUCGCAUCGCCGCCUCCCAUCGAGGCACGCAAUUCGAGAAGAGAGUCUGGACCGCCCUGUGCCAAGUACCCAGGGGUCACAUCACGACAUACGCCUUACUCGCCAACCAUCUCAAGUCAUCACCAAGAGCUGUUGGUAACGCGUUGCGCCGCAAUCCGUACGCGCCACAAGUUCCAUGCCACAGAGUCAUUGCCACUGGUGGAGACCUUGGAGGCUUCAAGGGCAAGCGGCCAAAGAAUGGAGAGGGCAUCACUCUGGAUGAGAAGAGGUCGCUUCUGCGGAAAGAAGGAAUCAAGUUUGGGUCAAAUGGCAGAAUUUUGGGAACCCCAUUCAUGGCUUUCAUUUGA